GGAAAGAACCUCGUUAAUCAAAGUGUCUGCCAAACUAAGUAUCUCUAGAUAGCGUCUUCAUCAUCAAUCUUAAAAAAUUGUUUGUGUUUUGUGAUGAAUGCCAAAGGUUGGUUAGGUGUGGUUUUACUUUUGUCCAUCGGUUUCUGUGCUUCCUCCCCGAUCGAUAGCAUAGUGUUCCAAGAACGUGAUCCGGAAGGUAUCGAAGAGUUGCUGGAAACGCUCAUUCAGCAAAGCAAUGAAACGACCCUGACAGAUCAUCAAGAAAAAAGGCAACAAGUCGAAACUGGAACACUGAUUUGUGAAAGUUUCCAUCUUCUUUCGGCAUCGGGUGAAGAGUAUGUGAUCUAUAGUGAAGUGAUUUAUGGUCCCAAUAAUUUUGAAACUGCAGAACACUUCAAUACAAACAGUGACGAUACCGCUAAGCUGCUUCUUUCACUAGUCGGUGGGGGAAAAGUCAAAAAUAUCACUAUCAAGAGACCGCAGAACAAUCAGUUGUAG